AAAAUUGUUAAGAAAGUUGGGUAUUUGUUGACGGAUAAGAAAAAGCCAACAAUGCAAUCUAGAAAAAGCGAUUCUGGUUGUAAAAUUGAAGUGUAACAUUAGUGAAUAGUGAUGAAAUGCAGAAGCUGAGAUGCGUUCGUUGAUGGUACAAUUAUAUGGAAGAAGAAGAAGCAUGAUAUUGACAUUGCCAUUCAUAUCCCCAUACAACAUUACCAAUUCACCUUCACUCAUUCAUAACCACAAUUAUUUCUCUACUAAUCACAAACCUCCCUUUCUUCAAUUCUUCUCCGGUAUUCUUCUCAGGCCUACAAUUGGAUCAUUUUCUACCACAAUCACUUCUUCGUCUAAAACCAUGUCUAAUUUCGAUUCCGACUCAGUCACUUACCUCAAACAACAAGAAGCUGUUGAGAUUGAUGAAACACUCAUGGGUCCUCUUGGCUUCAGCGUCGACCAACUCAUGGAAUUGGCUGGUUUGAGCGUCGCUACUUCCAUAUAUGAGGUUUACAAACCGGGCGAGUAUAGUCGUGUUCUUACUAUAUGUGGUCCUGGUAACAAUGGUGGUGAUGGUCUGGUGGCUGCCCGUCACCUGCAUCACUUUGGUUAUAAGCCUUUGGUCUGUUACCCAAAGCGUACCCCCAAGCCUCUAUAUGCUGGGUUAGUUACUCAGCUUGAAGCAUUGUCAAUCCCUUUCUUGUCGGUGGAAGAUCUACCAUCAGAUUUCUCCAAGGACUUUGACAUUCUAGUAGAUGCCAUGUUUGGAUUCUCAUUUCAUGGUUCUCCAAGGCCUCCCUUUGAUGAUUUGAUCCAAAGAUUUAUUUCUUUACGUAAUAAUCAUAAUCAAAUUGGCCAAAAAAGACCGGUUAUAGUCUCUGUGGAUAUUCCUUCUGGGUGGCAUGUUGAAGAGGGAGAUGUUAAUGGCACAGGAAUUAAAUCUGAUAUGUUGAUCUCUUUGACCGCACCAAAAUUCUGUGCAAAGAAGUUUCGCGGCCCUCACCACUUUUUAGGAGGUAGAUUUGUCCCACCUGCUAUUGCUGAAAAGUAUAAGCUUAUACUUCCACCAUAUCCUGGAACAUCUAUGUGUGUCCGAAUUGGAAAGCCUCCUCAAAUUGAUAUUUCAGCUCUACGAGAGAACUAUAUCUCUCCAGAAUUUCUUGAAGACCAGGUGGAGGCAGACCCCAUUAAUCAGUUCCGUAAAUGGUUUGAUGAUGCGCUGGCUGCGAGUUUGAAGGAACCAAAUGCUAUGGCCUUGUCAACUGUAGGAAAGGAUGGAAAACCCUCAUCACGGAUCGUAUUGCUAAAAGGCUUUGACAAGGAUGGAUUUGUGUGGUUCACAAACUAUGAAAGUCAAAAGGGACGUGCGUUAUCUGAAAAUCCACAUGCAUCAAUUCUUUUUUAUUGGGAUGGUUUAAACCGACAGGUACGUGUGGAGGGGUAUGUUCAGAAAGUUUCUGAUGAGGAAUCAGAACAGUAUUUCCAUAGCCGUCCUAGAGGUAGUCAGAUUGGAGCAAUAGUCAGCAAGCAGAGUACUGUAGUGCCUGGUAGGCAUGUUCUUCACGAGCAGUACAAAGAGCUGGAACAAAAAUAUGCUGAUGGAAGUGUGAUCCCUAAACCUAAAAACUGGGGAGGAUACAGGCUAACACCAAAUCUUUUUGAAUUUUGGCAAGGACAGAAAUCUCGCUUGCAUGACAGGUUGCAAUACGUUCCCCAUGAUAUAGAUGGAAAAAAGCAAUGGAAGGUUGAGCGGUUGGCUCCCUGAUAAUUUUACUUAUUUUUCAGUGUGAUGAGUUUGCAGUUUCAUUGGGAUAAUGCAACGCAUUGUAUGUAUACAAAUCUGAAAUAAAUCAUUCAAUUGAUAUUAUCAUAUGAUCAUGAUAUGCUUCAAUUAUUAGUUAACCUGAUUCUGUUUAGAAAUGGUGAGUAUGCGGCGUAUAACA